UUCCGACGAUUGGUCGAUUGUAUUUGCAUGUGCUUUCUGCAUGUCAAACUAGAAGGACCAGGGCAGUAUGGUCGUCUGCUUAAAAAAGAUACGCAAGACUACAGCCAUUCUUCGACCGUUCAAAAUACUGCAUCCUGUGACUGAAACAGACAACAAGAUGACUGUCUUUGUGACUUAGAAGCCAUGGCAACAAGUGGUGGAUCCGGAGGAGAGACAGGAUUUGAGACACUGGUCUGUCCUGAUCUCAUGUCUGACGAUACCAGUAACCUUACUCCGCUGAGUCUGGCAUGUAAACAAGGCAAUGUAGAAAUGGUAAAAAUGUUGGUGCGGGAAGGAUCGGAUAUAGGUGCUCCUGGUAACGAUGGCAAGACCGCUCUGCAUUACACAUGUGAAGGAGGUGACAGAAUUAUAGAUGGCAAUGAUGAUGAACAGACAGAUGAUUUUCUCGAAAUUUUACAGUUUUUGCUUGACAGUGGUGCUAAUGUGGAUUGGAAAGACAACAUGGGCAGAACACCGCUCUUCACUGCUUGUGAGGCUGAUGAUAUAGCAAUGGUGUCAUUAUUAGUCCGACACAACUGUGAUGUCAACAUCCAGACAGUUGAUGGUGACUGUCCAAUCAGAGUAACAUGUCGCAAUGCUAAAUUCUGGACCUAUCGACCGGGAUCCGGCACUCAUACACAAAGCCAUCCAAGUCGUUUUCCUCCAAUACAGAUUACAAAGGUAUUGCUGCAGGCCAAUGCUGACAUCUCUAAGGCAACGUUGUUGCCAACAGCCGUGCAAUACAAAGAUGCAGAGUUAGUGAGAGAGCUCCUAGAACUGGGCAUGGACAUUAAUAUGCUUGACGAUAAUCAGUGCACUCCCCUGGGCGCAGCCUGCUCCUCUGUAAAUGUGCCCUGUUACAUUGUCAAACUUCUUCUAGAGCAUGGUGCUGAUGUGAAUAAAGGUGGUGGAUGGAGGAAACAGAAACCACUCAUAUUUGCUUAUGUUCACAAUUCAGUAGAGAAGAUAAGAUGGCUUCUUUCAUAUGGGGCGUCUCUCACACCCGACGAAAUGACAGAACUGGUAUCGUUGAGUUUUUCCAAGUCCAUUCUUGAGAACCCGGAAGUGAUUGGCCCUUACAGCAAAGAGUUGAUGUCCUGGCGCCUUCUAUUGGCUGCUGGGUUUCAGCCAUCGGGUCAAAGUGCCCAGCUGACAUACAAGAUGCAGCAACUGAAUAUCUGUAGUAGUUAUGAUAAGAUAUCGCCAUGGAUACAGAGCAUGCUUUACCCAAUGCAUUCGUUGAAGGAGAUCUGCCGCAUCUGCAUCAGAAAUAGCAUACCUGCCAGCAUUGAUAACAAUGUAAAAAAGUUGACACUUCCUAAAUCUUUGAAAGGCUUCCUUUUAUUUAAUGAAUUUAAUUUUGCAAAUGCAGAUACACAGACAAAGUAGACCCUUGACUUAAAUGCAAGCAAUGGUUUAAAAGUCAUUUUUGAUUGCCCAACGGUACUGAUGUAAUAAAUAUUAAGAGUCUAGCAAAUUAAGGCAAUAUGGGUAGACUAAAUUGCUGUUUUGGAUUUUUUUAAAAUAGUUAAGUGUCCAAUUUUUGCAUUCACCAUUUAACACAUUUCUGAGUAAACAAAAGCAUUUUUUUUUUAUAGAGAAACUUGUUUUUUUAUCAAUACUUAUAUUUCUAAGAAGAACAUCUUAUGAUGCUGUCAGAAUAAUGUUGAGUACAACUAUCAUAAUAUUUACAUUGUGUAAUGCCAACUGCCUGAAUAUUUGUUGUGCCAACUGUAAAAAGCCAUGAUUUGUAUUUAAAAAGGCUGCAAGCUGAAAUGCAAUAUUGUUAAAAGAAUUAACAAUUAUUUUGUAUUUGUAAGUUAUUCUAAGAAUGAUUUACAAAUACCUAGUCUAUGAUAAUACAUUGUACCUGGUGCAUUAUUUCAUUGUAUCUAAUUGAAUGUGUUGUAUUUGUAUGUGUCGAGUUUGUCUUUCCAAAAGAUGACAAUUGAGAAAUAUUUCAUACUGCAAUAGAAUGAAUUAAAUAUUUGCCGCCGUUAUAUAUAUAUGUGCCAAUAUGUUGAUUAACUAGCCACCUGUAAAGCUUGUGUUUUUGGUGUAGUUCAAUGUUUUUGCUAUUUUUUAGAUAGAUAUUUGUAACAAUAAGAUCAAAUGAAUUUUUUUAUUCAUUUAGAGAAAUUUGGUAUGGGAGCGCAGUAUUUCACUAAUAGAAAUUUAUAAAAAAUUGAGACAUAUAUAUGACAACUUUUGUUAACAUUUGGAAAAUAUGGUUAUUUUUAUAUAUACCCCCAGUAUAUUUGCAACGGAUUGGCGAUUUUGAGAAAUGUACCAAAUUAAGUUUGUAAGCGCAACUUACCGAUGCAUAUGCCAUAAGAUGUUAUCAUUAUAAUCAGUAAUUUAAUGUAUGCAAUGCAGCCUCUGAAUUAAUUAACUAAAGGUAAAUAUGGAUUUAAAUUAUUUAUUCAUAUAAUAUACAGAGUGGUGAAAUUAUGAAUUGAUGGAUGAACACUUGUUCCCUUGUGUUAACGGAUGUACUUUAUACAUGGCGUACGAAUAGGGUCGAGAUUUGGCUAAUAAUAAUAGACUGGUUGUCUCUUGCCUUAAUCUUUCCAGGUUUUGUUUGAUAAUAUCUACCGGUGAUUUUUAGGUCACCUUUGCUAAAGUGACCUAUUCUAAUUGCUUUCCGUCCAUCGUCAUAUUUUUUUUAC